AUGGCGUGCCUUGUUGCCGAGGGCUUCCACCGACGCGUCCAGGGACCCCAAGCCUUUUCCCCGAAUCUCGAGCGUUACAACCCUCCGCCACCGCCCCCGGCGCAUACCAACAGACAUCCGGCACCGAUGUCUUCAAACGUCCUUCAGAGAACCUCAAGCCAUCAGACAGAAACUACCAAUAAUGUCACCAACAUCGGAUCCCUACCCACUGAUCGCUUGCCAAAUCAACAGGAAAAAUUGCUGGAAAUCGUCCAGACUCGUGCCAUCGUUUCCUUCCGUGAUACCACCUUCCGAAGUUCCCUUUCCUUCCUGAAGGAUGAAAUCAUUUGCGUUUUCGUGGAUUCGAUGACUUCGAGUACGGGUUACACCCCUGCUAGUCGCCCAACCUCCCUCUCCACACUUAAAACCGACAGAGUUCGUGAAGGUUUGUUUUCGAUGACAUGUAAACACGUCAAACCGUGAUAUCUUCGGCCAUUGCUUUUUGUAGGGCAGAUGCUUUGCGGUCAGGUAUGUAGAUGUAACUCACUCAUCCUCGGCCGCAGUUUGUUUACCCAGUUGAGUUGUUCAUAGGCGGUCCCUUGCCGACUAGAGACUCCACCAGAUAUCGUCUGGUAGACACUGGUCAAUUAAACGUCACCCAUAACAUUAACCAUAAUCGCUCUCACCAACCUAAUAUGUAUUCGGUGAAAGCUGUUUGUAAUUUAACACCGACACCGAGGCUGGAGAUAUCGUUUAACGACCGUGGAGUUGUGACAUCAACAAGUCUCACGUCUGUCAUGUGUUUGGGGGGGGGGCUUCUAGACGAUAAACCCAUGGUUAUGGAAAGUGUCUGGCCAGACUGCAAGCGCGUCUCCGAUAAAGGGCAAAUGUCAAAGUCUGCACAUACACGGACACACCUGCAUUGGGAGAUAUAAAUCUACCCGCCAUUCGUUUCAAAUAUCCAUGUUAGUUUCAAACCGACUGCGUCCCCAGAUCAGUACUAUUGACCGAAAUUCUAAAAAAUGGCAUAUAGAGACCCCACAGUAAGUCAUUCCAUGGUCUAUAAAAGAUAACUCACGACCCAAAGGUUGGGAAACAUCAUAGAUCAUAGCCAUUCGCACACAACCGGAUUGGUGAUAGGCAAAAAGCAAAUAGUUCACGCCACCUGUCGGAAUGCGUGUGAACUGUGCUUUUCUCAUGCUCACGUCUAUCAUCUCUAAGGCGCUUCGUUUACGACUGAGGGCAGUGGCUGUACGGCGUACUCACGCAGUUGGAGAUCUGGUCUACUGCGAUGGCCCACCCGCCGUUGUCCCGAUACACGCAGGUCGCGUACAUGCUAGUUAACCCGCCUAUGCGAAACCUCACAAUUGGUUCUUUCUCAAGAAACACAUUUCAGGCCCCGGCCUGUGACCUCGAAGUCGAAGUUAACCUUGUCAUUUGUAAGCCCUCCAAGUUGCAGUUUCUAACAUGUCAGUUAUGCUAGAGCGCAAAUAGUAGCAUCAAAUCAUCUUCCUCACAGGCUCUGGUGGCUGGUUGCAACGGUCAAGCUAUUAUGCCUGGAUGUAG